AUGGCUACCCAAGUCAAGCGAGAUUUUUCGGGAGAAGAAUCAAAGAAUGGCGGAGUAGAGAGCCAGGUCCAAACAGUCCUCGAGAAUGAUAGUAUUCCGGAGGUCUCUUCUAUCCAUUGGUUCCGCUCCACUCGAUUUCAAGCUGCUGUUAUUGCAGGGGUAUUCUUUUGUGGCCCUGGCAUGUACAGUGCUAUAGCUGGUCUUGGGGCCGGAGGGCUGGAGAGCCCUCACUUGGUCAAUAUUACCAGUGGCAUGUCCUACGGGAUGAAUGUGGUAUUCGCUCUCUUGACUGGAGUCUUUGUCAAUGUUCUCGGUGAACGGUUGGUACUCAGUAUCGGUGUCCUGGGGUUUAGCAUCAAUGGGGCUUCGCUGUACUGCAAUAAUAAGUACCACACGAACUGGUUUCUGUAUCUUGCUGCUGCGAUCCAGGGAUUCACCACAGCGCUUUUAUGGGUUGUCCAGGCAUCGAUCAUGCUGGCAUAUCCAGAGCCAAAUUUUAGGGGGAAAUUCAUUUCCAUUUGGUAUUCCUCUAUUGCUGCAGGCCAGGCUGUAGGAGGUGCACUUUCUCUGGGCUUUAACGUACAUAGAGAAGAAGCUGGGGCAAUCAGUCCUAUCACAUAUAUUCCGCUUAUCACAAUUGCUGCUUGUGGACCGUUCAUUGCAUUGCUGUUAUCGAGUCCAGCUAAAGUCAUUCGUCGCGACGGCAUCAGAAUCUAUUCCAAGAAACAACCAAAUGCAUUAGAGGAAGCAAAAAAGAUUUUUAGUGCUGUAUCAAGAAAGGAGAUGAUACUCCUUCUGCCUAUGUUCAUAUUCUCGCAAUGGUUCCUCUCUUACAAGGGAACCUUUACAGCGGUAUACCACUCUGUCCGUGGACGGGCGCUCACCUCCUUUGUGGGCGCAUUCGUGGGUAUUGCUGGGACAUUUACAAUGGGGAUUUUUCUCGACACUCCGCAAAUGUCACGGCCAGCUAAGUUCCGCUGGGGAUUUAUCGGGGUCUAUACGUUGUACACUAUUGUUUGGGUAUGGUACACAGUGGUACAAUGGUACUAUGCGAAGACAACCCCAGUCGGUCUGGACUGGACACAGCCAGAGUACUAUGCUAGUUUUUUGCUGAUAUUGUUGGACGCAUUCACCGAUCAUGCGUUUCAGACAUAUACUUACGCACUGAUUGGCUCUCUGACAGAGGAUAUCAAUGAGCUGGAAAGAUAUACCGGUUUCUUCAAGGCAGUGAACACGGGCGGAGCGGCUCUGGGUUAUGCAGUGCAAACAAAGUGGAGCAUGAUGGGUGCCGAAUCAUUGUUGUAA